AUGGCUGAUAAUGAAUUAUACUAUACAACAACCAUAGUUGAUUUUAGUCAAAAUAACAACAAUACAAUACACAAUGUGGUUGCUACAACAUCAGUUAUAACAAAUACAGCUGGUAAUGUUGUUUCACAAACAUCGCGUGCAGGCAUUGUUGCGAGUGUAAGUGUUGGUGGUAUAAUUGGUGAACAUGCUAGUGAUAAUAUUGUUGUUGUGGGUGAUCAUAGUGAUACAGCUGCAUCAAUAAUACGUGAGUCAUCUGAUCAUGAUCUAAUAAUGAACAAUGGUGGACGUUUAUUCUUAUUAAUUUUAUUUGUAUUAGUAAUUUUAAUUACAUUAGUUGGUAAUACAUUAGUGAUUGUUGCAGUUAUUACAACAAGACGUUUACGUACAGUAACAAAUUGUUUUGUUACAUCGUUAGCUGUUGCUGAUUUACUAGUUGCAAUGUUUGUUAUGCCACCGGCAGUUGCUUUAUUUUUAAUGGGACAUUGGACACUUGGAUCAAUACUAUGUGAUGUAUGGAUAUCAUUGGAUGUAUUAUUAUGUACAGCUAGUAUACUAUCGUUAUGUGCAAUCAGCGUAGAUCGUUAUCUUGCAGUCACACAACCAUUAAACUAUUCACGACGUCAUCGUUCAAAACGUCUGGCAUUUGUUAUGAUUAUUGUUGUAUGGUGUGCAGCAUUUUGUAUUACAUGUCCACCAAUAUUUGGAUGGUAUGAUCCAAAUCGUCUACAAGAAAAAGACUGUCACUACAAUCGCAAUGAAGGCUACGUAAUAUUUUCCGCAAUGGGUUCAUUUUUUCUACCAAUGAUUGUUAUGCUUUACGUGUAUGUACGAAUAUCGUGCGUUGUAGCCCAACGGCAUGAUCAAUUAGCAAAUAUUGAAACUAGACCCAGUAUAAAAAAACAAAAGUUAUUAAUACGUGAAGAGUCCGAUGUGGAUCGAGGCUGUUCAGAAUGUGACGAAGCUAGUCGUCUUCCAGUACGGUGUUCAAGUACAAGUUCAGCUGACACAUAUAGCACAACUUUUGGAGGACAAUCAAGAUCAAUACGUUCAAAUUAUUCAUUCCCAUCAGUUCAAAGACCUGGGAGUGUGUAUAAUAAUCCAAUGAAUAUUGUGAAUAUGAAAAACAAUGCAAUAUCACGUUCGCAACCAGAAUCAUUCAAUUUAGAAGCAUCAGCAUUGAAUUUACAACCAUCGAAUCGUGUAUCGUCAUUUCGUCGUGAAACAAAAACCACACAAACAUUAAGCAUUGUUGUUGGAGGAUUUAUUGCAUGCUGGCUUCCAUUUUUUAUAUACUACUUAGUAACACCAUUUAUUAAUACAAGUGAUAAAUUAAUGACAUUCUUAACAUGGUUAGGUUGGAUUAAUUCAGCAAUAAAUCCAUUUAUUUACGCAUUUUAUAGUCCCGAUUUUCGAUUAGCCUUUUGGAAAUUAACUUUCAAGCAUUGUUCUAACGAUCAUCGAACUACAAAUUUUGCUUUUCAGAAUAAAUAG